AUGGCCGCUCUCGAAGAUCUCCCGUGGAUCGAUUCCAUGGCCCCCCCAUCGCAACCGCCAGACCAUGGCCAGUCUGACUCGCAGCCACCGACGGUCGCUGCCUUUUCUCCCUCCACCAUCACCGGCUCGGCUUUGACCUCGCGCCAACGCUCCAGCAUCAUCGUGCAUCGCAAGUCGCCGCUGCUGGUGGCUACGCCGCCGCCCAUCACCCGGGCCCUGGCCUACUCACACCCGUUCCUCCUUCCUCUCAACAAGCUUGCCGGUCUCCUAACAUGGACCUCGGGCGACCCCUGGCAGAGCUUCUUGCUCGUGGCCGUCUUCUGGACUGUAGUCCUAUAUAGUGACGCCAUCAUCCUCUGGGCCGGACCUAUAUUGGUCGUAGUCGGGCUCAUCCUCGGCAUGUAUGGCCGCCGCUACUCGCCCUUAUCCUCGACGACCUCGACUGGGGAGAAACAUGCUAGCAAGGCUACCCCAGAAAACACAACUCGCCACCACAAGAGUCUGGACGAGAUCGUCGAGACCCUGCGCACCUUCACCACCCGCUGCAACAUCCUUCUCGAACCCUUGGUCGACCUGACCGAUUUCCUGUCCACCCAACGCACUGCCACGUCGGCCACCACCCGCCCUGCGCUGACGGCGCUUUUCAUCCGUAUCCUCUUGAUCACUCCCGUCUGGAUCGCUUUGACUCUGCCCCCGUUCUAUCUACUCACGACGCGCCGGGUUGUCAUGUCCGUCGGAACGAUCAUUCUCACCUAUCACUCGCGACCUGCCCGGGUCUCGCGGGUCAUUCUGUGGCGCUCACGAGCCAUUCGUCGUCUCUGCGCCAUUGUGACGGGCCUGUCCGUCGCAGACGGCCCGGUCAAUUCACAGAAGACCCAGGCGCAAGGCCUCGGCUUGAAUAUUGCGACUCGCCGGCGUGGACACUCGGGCGUGCGGUUUACGUUUGUCGUUUACGAGAAUCAGCGGCGCUGGCUUGGUAUCGGAUGGACGUACUCGCUGUUCCCGUCGGAGCGUGGCUCUUGGACCGACGAGCAUCUCAACUCCGUUCCUCCCAAAGAUUCGUUUGAGCUCCCGGAUGUACGAACCGGGAAUGCGAAAUGGCGCUGGGUAGAGGGGAGUGACUGGCGGGUCGAGGGCGCUGAUUCUUCCUACGGCAUGACAGAUGCAAAAGCGUCAAAUAGUGAGGGAUGGGUCUAUUAUGACAACAAGUGGAGCGAUGGCCGUCGCGGUCAAGACGGGUGGGACCGGUACACACGACGCCGCAAAUGGUACCGCGAUGCCGAGCUUGUCGAAGUCCCAGAAGAAGACAACAUGAACGGCUCAGAAGAGACCAUCUCCAGCCUCACGCAGGCUCUGGAAAGGGAGAAAGCGAAGGACAAGGAGAAGGACAAGAAGAAAGACAAGGACUCCGACACAGACUCCCGCAGCCUCACGCCCUCGACGACUCUCCGAACCCGGCGGCGGCGCUGGUUCGGCGGCGGCAAGGACAAGGACAAAGCAAAAGACCGCGUCAGCAGCGGCAGGUCCUCGGUCGAUGUCGGCCGCGCCACGGGGUCGAAUGUGGACGUUUCUGCCUCUGGCGACGGCGCAAGCGAUGGUGGUGCCGCGAGCGGCCGCACGCCCUCGCGCCCGACCAGCAUUCAAGGGUCUCGCCAAUCGUCUCAGUAUAAUGCCCAUGAAGAUAGUCUGGCUACGAGUGACAGCGCCAGCAUGCGCGAGAAGGAAGUCGCUCAUGCGCAGGACCACCAUGACCGGUGGGCGACGCGCGCUGCUGGCGGCACGGAGCGCGCAGAGAGGGAGUGGGGAUUGAGCGAUGAUGUGAACAUGGGGCUGAGUUGA